AUGUUAGCCACUUAUAAUUGCGGAUGCCCACCACCAUCGAAACCGUCGUGCUCGCCUUGCUGCGAAACGGCAGGUUCCGAAAAGAUAUCGUCCAUCAAGCAGCCGCCCAAACCUACAGAUUGCCCCGAAAGUUCCUGCUGCCAGAAACGUCAAUUGAAACCUGUCGUCCCUCAGCCAAAGAUAGAAGAGCCACCGCCAUGUUGCCCCGUGAAGCCUUCAAGUGUGUACGACUUCGAGAGGCCUAGCAAACUUCGCUCGGAUAUCGAGGAGAAGGGUUUACCGUACAAGCAAAUGGAAGUUAUGAUUAACGACAACAAAGUGGUGCUCAGAACCCAGAAGGAGUACAAGAAACUCGAAUACGAACCACCGUGCGACUGUGUCGAGGAUACGCAGCCCAAAGUGGAAGAGGCGGAUGAGAUCGAACAGCCCCAGGUACCCGGUAGUAGGACGGUCACGCUGUAUCCGAAGGCGAAGGUCGGUGACAUCGUUGAGGAGAACUCGAAAGAGAAGAGUGAGAAGAAACACGAGAAGGAGCAAAAUCCGAAUUUAUUCAUGUUCAAAAUGAAGAAGACAUCCGAUGUAGGUGAUAAGGCGAUUCAUAUAGAUUUUCAGUUCAGGGUGGCUAGGCCUUGGUCGUUGCAGAAGCGAAAGGAGAUAGAGGAUCAGAUAAAGAUGUGGGAAAAGCCUUUGGAGCCUGUGGUGGCGAAGGAAGAGGUGGUGAAGAAGGUGAAGACCCCGAAACCGAGUAAAACGAUUAAGAAGAAAAAGAAGAAGUGA